AUGGAUCAGGGAGUCCUUACCAGCCCCCUCUUCCCCAAGACAUACCCACCGGACCUCAACUGCGUCUGGAAGAUUGUAGUUCCCCAAAGAUUCACUGUGGUCCUGACAUUGGAGAGUUCCGACAUUACCGCCCAACACAAUUGCGCAGGUGAUCACUUACAGAUCAUAGAUGGUUCUUCGGAUACAGACGCGUGGUACAAACGAUGCGGUCACAGCAAACGGGAACUGUUUAAUUCCACGAGGAACUAUAUGACUGUAGUCUUCGUCAGUAACAGUGACACACAGAAGAACGGAUUUCGGGCAACUUUUAAAAAGUUUAAAACAUGUGGAGGUGAUGUUAACGCGGACCACGGAGUCAUUACCAGUCCGGGUUUCCCGUAUGAAUACCCACCGAACGUACGAUGCGUCUGGAAUAUUAAAGUCUCCAAUGGAUACGCCGUUGCCCUCACAUUCGAGGGUGUUGACGUAAGUGUAAAUAUGCUUACCAUUAAUGCUGUUUCUACUAAUUCGACUAGUGUAUUUGAUUAA